AUGGAUUUCUCGGACGCGUUAAAAAUUCCUAUCAACAAAUCCCACACUCCGCAGGCGGGAAGCCUAGUAAAUGGGGCCCCCGUCGGUGGCCAUACUGCGGCCAGUGAGCAGGGUGCAGGCUACGUGACGGAGAAAUUGUACAUGCUGCUACAGCUGUAUUUACAAAACAAGGGCUGGAAUCCGUCGGUUGAGCUGCUUCAGUGCUUUGCCGAGCUGAAAGACACACCAAUACUUCCGAGCGCGGCAUACCUCCAGGCAUUGGCCAGUCGAGUCGCUCUCGAUAACCAGGGUCGGCUGGUGCUACGUGAAACGGGCAAGAUCGUACUACCGUAUGAGCACUUUGCAAAUGCGGUCAUGCUAAAGCAUAUGUCCGGCCCGCACGGAUUACAUCUCAGCAUAGAGGCGACAUUACGCGCGGUCAUGGAUUCAUACACGAUAGGGCGCGACAGCUUCGGUAUGGAAAAGGAGUUUAUCGUCGAGGUUGUGCAGUCCUGCCCGAGUCCCGCCUGUCGUUAUUACAAGGGCCAGAUCGGUGUCGGUCCGUUCAUCGAUCAAUCGCCCGCGUUUGGCAGCGCAGGCACAUCACACUUAAAUUCAGCUGAAUAUUUGAACCAUCUGCAACAACAGCUUGGUCAGCAGAAUGCUGGCUUGCUUGAGCUGAACUCGAGCGAACGGGAUCCCAGCAAGGCACUGUUGGGCCAGGCGAAACACUCGAAACCGACAGCCUCGCCUCAGCACCAGCCACAUAUUAAUGCAGUUUUAUUCCAGCAACAACAGCAGCAGCAGCAACAACAGCAACAACAACAGCAGCAGGCACAAAACCGCGGUAUUGUGCCACAAAAAGCGCCCUCAUUUGAUGGGUUUAAUGGUCUUUCGGCAUUCGACAAGCAGCGCAUGCUGCAGCAUUUGCAAGACAAGCAGAAACAUUUUGAGGUGGGCCACGUUCCCGCAUCGUCCCACGGUCAACCGUCUCUAGUCGUUGGAGCUACAAUGGGCGGAUCAAGUGUGCUGAGUUCCGGGGUGGUGAGUAAGCAGCAGCAGCAACAGCAGGCAGCAGCAGCCGCCGUAGCAGCUGCCAACCUUCUUCAACAGCAUCAGUCGCAGGCGCUCGCCCUGGCACAGGCAGGUUCACAGGUAGCUUCAGCGGUAUCACCCGCUAGUGCAGCACAUCAUCAUCUUCAUCAUUCGCAACAGCAGCCUCCACAACCGCCGCAACAAGUGCAAACAGCAGCACAACAGCAACAACAGCAGCAGGUGCCUCCUGCGACUCAACAUCCACAUCCGGCCGCCCUGCAUGUUCAAUCGGCCAGCAUGGGCGGCUCGUUGACACCAAUGAUGGCUCAGCAGGCCGUCACACCACUCGGUGUGGUCAACCAAGCGCAGCAACAGCAGCAACAUCAGCAGCAGCUUGCGAUGCAGGCCCAUCUUAGCCAGCCACCGUUGCAGACAGUUAACAUGGACACCGGGCACAAGCUGUCCGACUAUAUGCGCGGUGCAGUUGACCCGCACGAAACCGUUUCGUCGGCCAGCAGUGAACUGCUGGCACUGCACAACGGAGCCUGGAGCCAAGAGCGCGACGGUGUUGCCGUCAGCCAGGAGAAGAUCAUCCGUGCAUUCAGCGAGCUGAUGCGCAACAUAGCCAAAAUGAAGACGUUCAUUCGGCCAAGCAUGUGCAAGCCGUACGGCAAGCAAUCGGAAAGCCUGCAGAAAACCUUGUUCGACACGAUACAGUUGUUGCAGAUGCUACGCAACUGUUUACCAGCGCCGCACAUUCCGGUAUCGUCGUGGAAGGGCGACGCGAACAUCGGUGUAGGCGGAACCGAAACGGCGAUGAACUGAGACUCAUACGAUGCCGUCGGCCGAUCCGCACCGGUUCGACAGCAUCCUGCGCCAGCAUGCGCAGCUCACUUUAAACCGUAUAAAACUAGUAUCUAAAAGCCAACGGCACCCGUAGCCGUAGUCGUUCGCAGUCCGUAGACAUUUUAUCUAGGUGCCAUAUUUCUGUUCCUAGCUCCGCUUCAUCCCGCUGGAGGUAUAUUUAAGCGCGAAAACUACGGUAAGUGUCUCCUAAUACGUGGUUCGCACCGUUCCAAAGUAGCGAUUUGCGAAAGGAAGUGCCAGGCGACGUGUCUAACUACACCACCAGUGGUACUCCUAGGAACGGACGACUCCGCAUUAUGUCCGUACUGUCUCACUUAUAGCUAUAAUACACUUCAAUUAUCUAGUCCACCGUGAGGAAAACACGCGGUUGAAUCAAUUUGCCAAAGAUGCGCCGAGUACAGUCGAGCGAGUUUCUCUGCUUAGCGAUAGUUUUUUAGCUGUAACAAUAAACGUAACUUAUUAUGAAUUACAAUUAGACCGAGGCAGGCCUGGCUUGGCGACCACUAGGAAAGGCAGGGUGUGGACGCUUGGGGCGAGGGAUGCUAGUGUAAAUGUAUCUAGGGGGAAUAGCUUCGCUACUGUACGUCCGCAUUUACACAAGGGCAUUAACUAAGGUUCUAUGUGAUUACUAUCUCGAGCAUAUUGUACGUGCAAGAAACAUUUUAUCCAAUACAUUUCUCCUUGGGCGACCAUCGCCAAGCUCAUGCG